AUGGUUGACUUCAAUACUAUCGCUUCAUUCGUUAUAACAGAUGAAACAGAUUUCAUGGAGCUUGAAAUAGAUGGAAAGAAGCACGAAAUAAGAUUUCACAAUAAUGUAGAAUAUAAGAUGGAAACAUUAGCUGGAGUGUUAAAUGCUCUCAUAAAUACUACAAUAAACAAGGAUAACGAAGAAAACUUAAUGAAUGUUAAACUUAUUGCAGGAGUUUUGAAGUUCAGUUAUGCGAAGGAGUUUAAGAUACCAAGAAUGAGUCAUAGAGUACAACUUCUUUUGGGAGCAUACCAUAUGACAUUUCCUUUGAAAAGUGUUGACAAAACGAUUGAGAUGAAAUCUGUUCCAUACGUAUGUUAUGGUAAUUGUUUGUACAUUGAGUCAAAAAUAGCUAAUGUCACAGGUAUUUCAGGAGUUAAUAGUAAAGGUUCAGUAGAAUAUAAAUCCUUCUGUUAUGCAGUCAAUUCAAUGUUCAUUCCAAACGUUCCUGUCAUAGCAACUCAUUUAGGUAAAUGGGUUCGCAUUAGUCCUCAUAAUUUGAAAGACAUGCAAUUCAGACUUGUUGACUUUCAAGGAGAGCCUGUAGAACUGAAGGCACCAGUGCGAAUGACUGUUGAA